CAGGAGCUCGCGAUAUCAGGAGGAAGACAGACGCACCGCAUGCGGAGACCCCAAGAUGUUACUUGACGCGACCCCCAGAAAGCUGGCUGAUGCGGCAGUGCACUGGGCAGCUCAACAACUCCUGGGGGAAAAUCUCCCCGACAAAGUGGGAGUCUGUCGACUCGCCUGGGAGGAAGAGACUGAAAGGGUCCUGAUGAAGUGGCUCCAAGACAAUCCCAAGCAGGGAUCAGCCGGCCUUGUGGGGGGAAAACAGAAGAACAAGAACAAAGGUCUCCCUCUCCAUGAGCAGGCAAUGAAAGCCAUGUGCUAUGUGCUGAUGCAUGCGGCGGGCACCGAGGAGUGCCCCAUCAGCGAAGAAGGUUGGGUGAAAUGGCAACAACUCGCCGCGCAUCAGUCCUGCAAAAGAUUCCAAAACUGGGUGCUGCUGGAAGCACUCGACCAGGACAAAAAGGACCGACUCGUUGCGAAGCAAGACACUGAUGGAGUCUGGUGGGUCGUGGCCUGGUCGGGCCACACGCAGGAGAGAGUUGUUGGCCCAGCCGCAGUGGUCCCAACCGAGGAACUCCCGGCCUUGCUGGCGCAUGGCAGCUACCGACGUCACACUGCGUCCAUUCAGAAGAAGGGGUUGGUGAGAGGCGACCGAGAUGUCCACUUCCACGACCCCGAGGAACACGCAGAGCGGUGGCGGGUCGACCUCGAAACACGGAUAGAUAUCGAUGUCAAGAAAGCCGUUGACCUUGGAUGGAAGACCGGCAACAAG